CUCGGCUUUGCUUCAAACCACUCACUAUUGCCGGUCCCUCAUGGAUUCCAACGACAACUUGCAGGAUCUAGUUCGUGGAUUUCUCAAACAGCACACCACCUAUGACGUUCUCCCUGUCAGCUAUCGGUUAAUUGUGCUGGAUACCCAACUCUUGGUCAAGAAAGCAUUAGCGGCAUUAAUGCAGAACGGUAUUGUCUCUGCGCCACUAUGGUCCAGCCAAGAUCAAAAGUUUGCAGGAAUGCUCACCGUUUCUGAUUUCAUUAACCUAAUUCAAUACUACUACACACACUCCUCGGUACAAGACGCCCUACACGACAUUGAAAGCUUUCAAAUUCAACAUAUGCGAGACGUUGAAAAGCGAGUAGGAGCACCAGCACCUCAAUUACUUUCAAUACAUCCUAUGUCAACUUUAUAUGACGCAUCCAAAUUGCUGGUAGAAAGCAGAUCACACCGUAUACCAUUGCUAGACAGAGAAGCCGAAACUCAGACUGAACUGAUUGUGAGCGUUCUCACCCAAUAUCGCAUACUCAAAUUCAUCGCUGUCAAUUUUCAAGAAACACGGGCGUUACGACAGCCUCUUCAUGAAUUGAAGAUCGGAACAUACGAAAAUAUUGCAAUAGCGAAAAAAACCACGCCUAUUAUUCAAGUCAUUAAUAUGUUUGUGGAAAACCACAUCAGCUCUGUGCCGAUUGUAGAUGAUGAAAAUGUCGUGCUCAAUGUAUAUGAAACAGUGGAUGUGAUGAGUAUCGCAAAAUCUGGCAAAUACAAUGAACUGGAUGUGCCUGUUGGCGUGGCAUUAGAAGCGAGACCAGAUGACUUUCCCGGUGUUCACACGUGUACAUUGAAUGAUACCCUAUACUCCAUCUUUAGCACGAUUCGAAAGCGGAGAGUGUACCGAUUGAUCGUAGUCGACCAAGAUAACAAGCUGAAGGGUAUUGUCAGCUUAUCAGACAUCCUGCGAUACUUGAUAGGUUAGCAAUAUAUCUGUUCUAGAAUGUGAACAAAACGCAGCAAUACGAUCCGUGGUGGUUCUUUUUUUUUCGUUUACUAUUUUUGAAAUUAAGGGGUUGUGGAAGAUAACAAGAAUACGACCGCGAUCCAUCUCAAACUGUGUAUGCGUGUACAAAAUAAAAUGGUAAUAAUAGAACAAAAAAAAGGCAAUCUGAAUAGAGUAGUGGG